GCCAUGCCGGUCCUUAAGAACCCCUACAAUCUCAAAAUGGCCGGCCGGGAAGAGGGCAGCAGUGGGACGCUGAUCCUGGACCAAGAGAGCCGGGGCACCAACCCCUUUGAGGAAGACCUUGAGGAGAACGAGAGAGACCCCUUCCUUGGGGACGCGCCCACCGAGAACGCAAACCCCUCUCCAGAAGGCAGGAGCGACUUUCCCAGGAACCUGUUCAGCAACAGCCCCGAAGGAGCCUACAGACGUCGCGCCACCCUGGAGAAGGUGGUGGGCUUAUCCUCUUUCCUGAUGGGCAAAGGCAAGAAGAGCCCCAGCCGGGACAAGACCCCGAAUGGGGAGAAAGGUCCCAAGAGGCGGUCGCUGCUGGGCCGCAUGAUGUUCCCCCUGCUGGAGGGCAACCAGGGGCAAACAACCCCGGAGAAGGAGAAGAUGCGUCGCAGCUCCGAGGACUUCAGCCUCCUGCAGCGCUUCAACGGGCGCCGCAAAGAGAGCCCGUACGGCUGGGACUGCGGUCUGGCCGAGAAGGAGAACGGCGGGGGGGACACCAUCAAGCGCAUGUCCUUCCUCAAGAUGGGGCUGGGGGGGAAGGUGCGCAGGGCUUCCUUGGUGGAGAAGCUCAACCAGACCGAGGCGCUGGAGACGCCGCCGGUUGCCGAGGAAACAGAGCCGCUCAAGGCCAAAGAACCUCUCUCAGUUUUGGAGAUCCUGAACCUCAUCCAUCAGAGGGAUCUCUUGACCGCCGACGAACACAUCAUCGAGCUGGAAGCGGAGUGUGAGCAGGACGGCCAGCAGAGCCCGGAGAACGGCGAGAUGCGGAAGGACGGGAGCCGGAAAGCCAAGGACGUGGCUCUGCUCUACGAGGCCCUGCUGAAGGAGCUGUGGGCAGUCCUGGCCGAGGCGCUGGCGGCCAAGAGCACCCACCCCAAGCUCGAGCUGAUGGUACGAGUGAUCGAGCAGGAGGAAGAGACGGACCGCAGGUGGCUGGAGGCCAAGGGGGGCACUGCGGAAGGAUCCGGGGCCCGGCCCCGAGGCAUGAAGAAGCAGUGGGUGGAAGCAGUGAAGACGCUGGUGGGCCAGAGGUUGUGCCAGUGCGCGGAAGGCAGGACCAGCCCCAUCCCCACGCUGAUGGACAGGCUAGCCAAGUGCGCCUGGGAGGACUUGUGCGCCGUGAAGUUCCACCUGCUGCACGCUUACCCAAAGGACUACGAGGCCUUCAGCAUCUACCUGUGCAGUUACCACCAGGGCCUGGCCCAGCGCUUGGCUGAGGUGGUCCAGAAGAGCCUGACCAUCUCUGACCUGUACUUCGUCUUGGACUGGAAUAGCAACAUCUACCACAGAGAGGUGCUGGGGCGAAGUGAGAUUGCCCCCCUGGUCAAGAAAGUCCAGGAGCUGGGCCCGCUGCUGCCCUCCGAGACCCAGCUCAGCCUGGAAGAGAACUGCAUCGAAGCCGUCAAGGCGAAGAUCGUGGCGGACCUGAGCCGAGAGCUGCAGCAGGAGGAGGAGAAGUGGGGCCAGAAGGAGGCCGACGAGUCCCAGAUCUGUCUCUCCAGCAAAAUCAUCCCGGUGUUAAGGACUCACACAGACAAAGCCCCCCAGAUCACGGUGGAUUUCGGGAGGAGAAUGGUGCUGUGCUGUCUGGCCUGCCUGGCGGAAUUCCUGCAAAGUUUCCAGAGGAAGGUGGAGAAGUUCCACGAGGGGCAAGCAGACGGCACCUUAACGGCGGACAGCUAUGUCAGCCGGACCAUCGCGCUUGUCAAUUGCUGUCCACCCUUCCGGAAAUACGUCAGGGACUUGGCGAGAUGCGGUCACCCGGAGAGUGAGAUAGCAGAGGGCCAGGCCAACGCCUCUCUGGACAGGGUGACACGGCUCUGCAAUCGGGUGCUCGCCAGCCAGCUCUUCCAAAACCUGAAGCCCUACUUCCACAAACUGAUGAAGAGGAAAUGGCUGAACAACUCUGAGGCCUUCUCUACCAUCAUGACCCUUCUCUCCGACCACGCCCAGAAGCUGAAGAAGAUGAAGCCGGAGCCGUACGAGAUGUUGGUGAAAGACUUGCACCACGGGGUCCUCCUCGAAUAUGUCCGCCCCCUGAUGCGAGUUCGGGUCAUCUGCACGUCCUCGAAGAUGAGAUCCAAAAUGGCUGCCAAGCUACGCAGUGAGGCCCGGCAGCUCCAGGAAUUCUUCGCCCAGCUGAGAUCCACCUCCUUCUGGCUGGACGCCGCCGUGCCACACCUGGCCGAGAUGAUCGAGCUGGAAGACAUGCCGGCCAUCCAGAUGGAAGUGGGGUUCCUCGCAAAGGACUUCCCAGACGUGCAGAAGAAGCACAUGUCGGCUAUCCUGGACGUGCGGGGCCUGCGGAACCAAGUCCAGCGCCAGUCCAUUCUGGCUGUGAUGGAGAGCCUGGAGCAGACGGAGGACGAGGACUCCCCUUGCCAGGACCGGGUCUUCUUCUCCAGGAUCCCCACCAGUGAAGUCUCCUGCGUCCGCGUCAAGCUGCAGCACCUUUCACAUGUGGGGCACUCCUGCCUCUCUCGGCUGCGCUGGAGGCCCAGGCAAGGGCAACGGCGGCGGCGGCAGCAGCAGCAGCGAGCCAGAGAGAAUGAGGCCGAAUCACAGGUGUGAGGACCUCCGGCCCACCUGCACCUGGUCUUCCAAGCAACCUCCGGGGCUGCUGGGCAGGUGUCC